GUGUGUUCACCUCAGCAACUUGACAGCCGCACACUCAAAUGAGAGCUACAAGUUUAAUAGAAAUGUGGCUGAUAACCUUUCUUUCUCUGGUGUGCUGUAGCCUCGCUUUUGACAUUUGCAUUGGAGCAAACAAACACAACAACAUUCUUCUACAAGUUCCUUAUCAAAUAGAAGCUAAUGUUGGGGAAAAUGCUGUCAUCAAUUGCACUGUCCAUCAUCCUGGAACAAAUGGAACCAAUAUGAGGAAACGUUUCGAGAAAAUAUUUUUCAUUGGGCCGAAGGGCAUUUCUGUACAUUCAAAUUACCGUGAUCGUUUAUCAAGUUCUGGAAAUAAGUCACACUUCAGUGUAACAUUAAAGAAUCUCACAGUAAAGGACUCUGACAUUUAUCUUUGUGAUACAUUAGUGAAAUUUUCUGAAAUCUGCGCCCAUGGAACUUUACUAAUUGUGCGCCCACCAGUUGGAAAUAUAAUACAUGAAGAUAAAAGUACAACCAAAGAGGCGGAAACCUGCACAAAAAACACAUUUGCUCCUGCUCCAUAUAUCGUCACAAUAUCAGCUAUGCUUGUUCUCUUUGUGGCUGUUUUUAUAUAUAUGAAACUCAAAGAAUCUAAAGAAAAACAAAACUUCAAUCAGAACACGUAUGUGGACAUGACACAAACCCUGCGUCGGAACACAAUGGGAAAUUCUUUCAUCAACAACCGAACUGAAAACGAAGCUGUCCACAUGUAAUUUCAGGUGUCUUAUUACAAAAUCUGAUCUAAAACAGCCAUGGGCUCGUGAGGAACAUGGUUGCACCUAGCCCAUGCAGUAACAUCUCAGCUUGUUAUGCCACAAGGUGCUACCAUCAAUGGUGAAGAGAAGAAGAAGUUCUGCAUCGGCGCAAAUCCACCAGUGUGACCAGUCUUAAUAGAUUAUUUUAGUUUUUAAUUGGAAACAACGCGUUUCGGGGAUGAAACACUCCCCUUCAUCAGGUUACAUAUAUACAUAGCAAGUGUUACAUUAUUUAUAGGUGAAUAACUCCAGAAAAACCGCCAAAAACGAUGUACCUGGGUGACGCCCCUUGUGGGAGGAGUUAUCACCAGGUAUCAUCUGCAUUUACAAUAUUUUCGAAUACCAUAAAAUAAGUGUGACUGUAGACAGUUUAUA